AUGGGAGAAGUUGCAGUUCUUCAUCCACGAGAUAUUUUGAAGAAUCAAUUCAAUCGUAAACAUCGAAAUAAUUUAAUCCAACCGCCUAUGAAAUCCAGGAAAAAUCCCACAAAUUUGGUUGCUUCUAACCCUAGCUCUACUCCAGCCAAAGUCCGCCGCCGGAAAAGGAGUCCUGCUAAUAGUAGGAAUUCAUCCAGAGCGCCGUCAGAUGACGAGUGCAAGAGUCUGGUUAUGGGGAAGGUCAAAAUUUUGAAACGCGGCGAAGUGUUGACUGAUGACGAUUGGAUAAGGGCGGCGUUGACGGACGACGCGGUGGUGGUGGAACUACUGUUGCGUCUCUGGAAGUCGUCUUCAUCGGAACCCUCUUCGAAGCCUCCUUGCUCUAUUCCUUUACCGCCGCAAAAGUGGGGACUCCGCCAGACGCGGUCUAAGCCGGUCACUGUGAUAAAAAAAGAGUCCGCCACCACCACUACUACGAACACGAGAUUUAGUCCUACCACUCCGCUGACUUCGUGGAGUGGCGGCGCUACCUCUCCAAGCGAUGGAGGCUACGACGAGUCAAGUCGCCUACCUUCCGAUCCUUCCUCCUCCGUCAGAUCCAAGCCAUUUUCUGAGCUCAAAGAGGAUGAUAACUUGGUUUUGAAGGAGAAACUUCAUUUGAGGAAGGUGAAACAGGAAUUAGCUUCAACACGAAUGACUGUGUGUGAACAGGAUGCCUGGAGCCACAACGUGAAGAGAAUGAAGUUGGAUCUAAAUCUACAGUCAACAUUUGAAGUUUCCAAACAGAUAGAGGCAUCAACAACUGAGCAUCGACUUAGUCCUAGUUUUGAACUGGCUUCAUCUCAUUCCUGCAAAUUAAAAGACAAAGAGACAUCCAAUGGAGGCUUUAUUCUACCAGAUCUAAAUAUGAUGCCAUUAGAGGGAGAGACCGGAUCAGAAUCAUUUUAUUGA